AUGUUUGCUGAUGAUAUAAAAAUAUUAGGGGAGGUUAAUGAUUCCAUUUCUGACCCCAUUGUUCAACAGGCAUUCGAUAAGAUCGUGACGUGGGCUGUUGCAAAUGGUCUCAGCUUGUCGUCCGAUAAGACUCAGGUUAUGCGGAUUGGUUCUCAUUCUAUUAGUCCUGUUUACGCGGCGGCGGAUCACGUGCUAAAAACGGUUUCGGAAGUUCGCGAUCUUGGUUUUUACUAUGAUUAUCGGUUAAAUUUUAAGAAGCACUGCAAUAUAUUGGUUUCAAAGGGCAAUCGUCGUUCCUUCAAUCUGUUCAAGGCCCUUCGUUCUAAGAAUCAGGACGUUCUCUUGCGUGCAUACAAACUGUAUGUGCGUCCCAUUUUGGAAUAUGGAUCCUCAGUGUUCAAUCCCUACGCUAAAAACGAUAUUCGGGCUCUUGAAAGCGUGCAAAAUAGCUUCACCCGUAAGCUGAUGCUCAGGUGUUCGAGCCUUCGCUAUGUUUACAUACCUAAUGGGAGCGCAAGGGGUUGCCAACAUUGGGUUUAA